AUGGACGCGAGAGGAGAUGUAUUUUUCUUCUUCUCCACAUUAAAUGGGGGGAAGUUGCAACCAGCGGUAGGCAAAGGGGAGGGGGGGCACUCGGUCCUCCACUGGGCGACUGACCCGGCCGGGCUCUGCUUCCCGGAGAAGCAGGAAAUUGCCAUUCAAAGGCGGCGGCGUUGCAGAAGCGCCCUGGGGAAACGCGCGCGCGGAGGAGAGGCUGCAAAGCGCCCAGGUGCGACUUUUGUGGGGCAGUGAAAGGCAAGACGGGGGAGGGAACCCAAGGAGGGUUUGUUUGAGGGGUAAUGAAGGAGAAACACCUACCCCCCCCCGCCGACGCCUCCCACGCGGAGCACUUUUCCCCGGGAAAUGCACGGGGUGGGGUCGUGGAUGAUCCGCGCUGUGCACUUGCGUCGUGCGGCCCAGGGUGCUGCAGGAUCGCCAAUGCAAGGACCCCCCCUUUUAAAAGCAACCCCCCCCCAGCUCGGAAAAGAAAGGCGCAGCCUUCUGAUGGGAGGGGGGAACAUGCAGCCCGGACAGGAGAAACUCGCUAUGGGGAAAACAGCCUUGCUGGGGGGGCGGGCGGGGUGUUAGAAUUGCUGGUGAGGGUGGGGGAGUUGCACGAGACUUUUCCGCCCCCGGAGCUUUGAAUGUCCGAGGUCAUCAGAAAGCCUGAUGGGUUUAAAUGGGGGGGGGGGGGCGCCGCGCUGAGGUCUUGGCUUCCAGGGUGGUUUCAAAGAGCAAUGCAAUGGGCUUACUUUGAAUCCCUGGAUAUUUUGUUCUCAGGAAAAGACUCGGCCUGUUGUGUUUCCUGGAAAGACAUUCUCAAAGCAGACUUGAUGUCUUCGCCGGAAAGAGAAGAACCAAUUCUCCCGGCCUCUGGGGAAGGAGAGAGAUUGGCAGGUACAGAUUUUUGAACCGUCAAGGGAAAAGGCUAUACAGAAAAGGGAAGAGCACAAAGUAACAAACUUGGGUAGCGUUAAUCUUGAGCCACUCCCUCCCUUUGAGGAAAACCCAGAGAUCAGUGUUAGAACACAGUCUUUGGAUGUAGAAAUUCUAAGGUUCAGUCCUGUCUUUGUGCAGUGCAGUGGUUUUCAACCAGUGUGCCCUGCCACCCUGGGGUGCCUUGGGCAACAUCCACCUUAUUCUUUUUCCUUCCUUCCUUCCUUCCUUCCUUCCUUCCUUCCUUCCUUCCCUCCCUCCCAAAGGCUUGCACAGCUGUUUGUGGCAGCAGCCCUGGCUACAAGCUUCCCAGGUGAAUGGUCCCUCUGGGGCUGGCCAGGGGGUGCUUCCCAGGCCCCUGUGGGGCAGUGUGAGGAGGCAGUGCAAGGAAGUGGGGCAGCUCAGAGACCUGGCCAGGCAACAGCAGCUGCCCAGAGGUCUCCCAAGGAGAAGGGAGAGCAGAGGAGGGUGUUCAAAAAAGGGUGAGGGGCUGCCAGCUCUGCAGGCAAGGGGUGGCAUAACUGGGCUCCUGAGCCCCACAGGGGUGCUGCAGAAAGAUUGCAUUUGGUUGGGAGAAUUCUGGGCCCAAAAAAGGUUGAAAACCUCUGCUGCAGAAGGAUCUGAAGGCAAGGGAACAGACUGCUGAUGUAAAGUGGGACAUUGACCAGGAUAGAAUUCAUAUUGUCCUCCUGGAGGGCAGCAUAUUCGGAUGGUAAACCCAGCUUUUGGUGUCUGCAAAUAACAUUAAAUAAUGCACCCAUAUACACAAAGUUUGAAAUCCUUUGUUUUCUGCUGGAAAUUCAAAAAAAAUUUCUUUUUCUCAAAAUUCACCCCAGAUGAUGGGCGGUACAAUGGGAAUUCUAGGGAGACAUCUAUGCUAUCAUCAGAAACUCCUGCAGCUGAAGAAGGAAAAGAGAUGGUUGCAGAUGAAAGUGAACUUAAAAAGCACGGAGAAGAGAAAUCCUCACCUAUGGAGGUUAAUGCCCAUGAACCCCAAAGCCUGCAGGAAGAUGGACAAGGAAACAGCCAGAAAAUAUGUCCGGUGUGUGGGAAGAUAUUUAGAUAUGAAUCAAACUUUAAAAGGCAUUGCAGAAGCCACACAGGGGAGAAGCCAUUUAAGUGCACUGAGUGUGGAAAGAGCUUGAGCUCAAGUUGGAGCCUUCUUACACAUCUAAGAACCCACACAGGGGUGAAACCGUUUAAAUGUGUGGACUGUGGGAAGAGUUUCAGCGAGAGCAGUACCCUCCUUACACAUACGAGAACACACACUGGGGAGAAACCAUUUAACUGCACGGAAUGUGGGAAAACCUUCAGUAGGAACACUCACCUUACUUCCCAUCAGAGAACUCACACGGGGGAGAAACCUUUUAAAUGCAUGGAGUGUGGUAAGAGCUAUACUGUUAGUAGUGGCCUUACUCAACAUCAAAGAACCCACACAGGAGAAAAACCAUUUAAAUGUACAGAGUGCGGAAAGGGUUUCAAGCAGCCCAGCCACCUUACUAUACAUUACAGAACACACAGCGGGGAGAAGCCAUUGAAAUGCAUGGAUUGCGGGAAGAGAUUCAGCCAGCUCAUUAACCUGACUUCACAUCAGAGAUUACACACAGGGGAUAAACCCUUUCAGUGCAUGGAAUGUGGGAAGAGCUUCACUGAUAGUAGCGGCCUUGCUCAACAUCAGAGAACUCACACAGGGGAGAAGCCCUUUAAAUGUACCAAGUGCGGGAAAAGCUUCCAACGUCCCAGUCGCCUUACUCUACAUUACAGAACCCACACCGGGGAGAAGCCAUUUAAAUGCCUGGAAUGUGGGAAAAGCUUCAGCCAGCCCGGUCACCUUACUCUACAUCAGACAACACACACACGGGAGAAACCAUUUGAGUGUACGAAAUGUGGGAAGCGCUUCAGGAAGAAUGGAAGCCUUGCUUUGCAUCACCAGACGCACACAGGAGGAACCAUUUAGUUGCAUGGAAUGUGCGAAAAACUACUGUAAGCUCACCCAGCUUACCUUACAUUACAUUAGAGAACACACUGGGCAGAAACCAUUUGGAAACGGGGAAUGUGGGAGAAAGUUUAUUUACAGGAAUAGACUAUGCCUACAAUAACACACACUGGAGAGGAACCUUUUAAAUGCCUCAGUGCGGAAAGAACUUUUGUGACAGCAUCAGUCCAUUCCUUAAGGCCUUUUUUUUGCCCCUGGCAACAUUCAACGUCCCCCCGCCCAUCCCUCUUGCUGCCUUCCCAAAGCCAGGUAAACAAGGCGCUGGGCUGUGGGAAGGAGGCAUGAAGGCUCUGAGAGGGUCCUAAAGUCUUCCCACCUGUCAGGGUGCUGUCAGCAGCUCUUGGCCCAGGAAAGUAUAAAGACAAGGAAAAGUUUCUUACAGUCCUUUCCCCUCCUCCCCCCCAAGCUUACAGAGAGAGGCCAUAGAACCCAGCCUCCUGGAUAAUGGCGUUGUCCCGAGUGAAUCUCCACCCCCAGUCUCUCCCACUUCCUUACUCGUCAUCAUCAUCACCUCCUCUACGGGUGCUGCUAAGUGCCCUCUGUCUUUGAGCUCCUUGCUCUCCUACUUUUAAGGCUUGCCGGGUUCUGGGAGAUGGUGGGUCUGGAAUGCUUUCUAGUAGCAACUGAUCAGCCUGCUGCUGCUCUCCUCUCCCAUCAUUUCCCAACUUUCCCCCUCAUCUGCCUCUAAGCCGUUGUAACCUCAAACCCGUUGUAAAUCUGUACAAUGGUACCUCAGGUUACAUACGCUUCAGGUUACACACUCCGCUAACCCAGAAAUAGUGCUUCAGGUUAAGAACUUUGCUUCAGGAUAAGAACAGAAAUCGGGCUCUGGCAGCGUGGCGGCAGCAGGAGGCCCCAUUAGCUAAAGUGGUGCUUCAGGUUAAGAACAGUUUCAGGUUAAGAACAGACCUCCGGAACAAAUUAAGUACUUAACCCGAGGUACUGUACCACUGUACUGUCUUCCUCCUCCCUGAAAGGGUCAGGAUGGGGCCUCCACCACUCCUCCUCAGCCCAGCCCCUCACACCAUCUCCUUCCCAAACUCUAGUAAUCAUUUCCCCAGCUUAGGUAAGAAGAGGAGGAGGAGAAGAAGAGUUUGGACUUGAUAUCCCACCUUUCACUACCCUUUAAGGAGUCUCAAAGCGGCUAACAAUCUCCUUUUCCCUUCCUCCCCCACAACAAACACUCUGUGAGGUAAGUGAGGCUGAGAGACUUCAGAGAAGUGUGACUAGCCCAAGGUCACCCAGCAGCUGCAUGUGGAGGAGCAGAGACGCGAACCCGGUUCACCAGAUUACGAGUCCACCACUCUUAACCACUACACCACACCCUGCCAGAGCCUCUCACCUCCUUCCCAAAUCCCAACACUUCACUUCCCCAGCUUUCGGAAGGCUGUGCAAGUGGGAGGGGCAUCAAAUUUUGGACUCCCCUGCAAUGUGACAAGGCAAUGGGGGGUGCCUGUGGGUUGUGUAGAAGUACUUUUGCAGGAGACUGAGAAAGAGGUGGAAACUAGGCCGUUUUGGGGGUUCCCUUUAUGCAAAGUUUGCUUCAGGAUGCUUGACCUACAAAGGAGAUAGAAACCCUAGAUCAGAACUUUCCAAACUAAAGGGGUUUGCUUGCAAAACUGAAUCACUGUGUUGCGAACUGAUGCAUGUCCAAAAAGUGUGUCGCCAACGUGAAAAGUUAGGAAAGCUCUGCCCUAGAUCUUGGACGUAGACUUUCUUUGGAUAAAUAACAGUAUUUGGAAGGAGUUUAUACAAAAUGUAGUUGCCUAUUAAUAUUUACAUAUGUAUUAGGAUAGUAAUAUCAAAUUUAUAAAAGAAUGUGUGGGUUAGGGCGCUUUUUGUAUAUUGUAUAUUUGGGGGGGGGGUCCCUACCCAUUUUUGUGCCUUUUUCUCUUCUCUUUUUCUUUGCAUCACUUUAUUCCGAAACCUUUUCAAUAAAAUAUUAAUAAAAGAAAGAAAA